AUGGAUACAAGUAUGACAUAUCCAAAUUCAAUCAGUAUUGAAGAAGAUGGUGAUACAGGGAGUAGUGAUAGCAUCGAGGAAACAGGCCACACCAAUCAUCAAUCUCAAUGCCCUGACACUAGUGCAAUUGGGAAAAAGAAAUUACCUCCAAAAGCUACAAUCAAUAUGCCUGGCAAGAAGAGGAGAUUAAGUUCAGAAGUUUGGGAUUACUUCGACAUUAUUCCCAAAAAGGAUCCAAACGAUGAGUUGAAGUGCAGAUGCAAGAAAUGUGGGAAUGAAUAUUCUGCUGAGAGUAAAAGUGGGACAGAAAAAAUUCUGAAUUUUUCUUAUAUGCCUCCUCCCCAUAAUGGUGUUGCAUUAGCUGAAAAAAUUUACAGUUUGGCUAGUAGUUGGGGUAUUGAAAGGAAGUUGUUUGCCAUCACAUUAGACAAUGCUUCUGCAAAUGAUUCUUGUGUUGCAAUACUUAAGAAUCAGCUUAAGUUGAAAAAUUCUUUAAUUUGUGAUGGUAUGUUGUUUCAUGUGAGAUGUUGUGCACAUAUUCUCAACUUGAUUGUGCAAGAUGGUUUGAAAGAAAUUGAUAAAUCUGUGGAGUUAAUAAGAGAAUGUGUCAAGUAUGUCAAGGGUUCUCAAACAAGGAAGUUAAGGUUCACCGAAUGUGUAACACAGACUUCUCUUGAUUCCAAAAAAGCCUUAGUUCAAGAUGUUCCUACUAGGUGGAACUCCACAUAUAGAAUGCUUUCCAGUGCACUUUAUUAUCGCCUUGCAUUUUGUCACUUACAAUUAAGUGAUUCAAAUUUUCGGAGCUGUCCAUCUCUUGAAGAAUGGGGAAGAGUUGAAAAAAUUUGUAGUUUUCUUCAAGUUUUUUAUGAGGCAACUAAUGCUUUUUCGGGGUCCAAGUAUCCAACUAGUAACUUGUACUUUCCUCAAGUUUUUAAGAUUCAAUUGAAGCUGUCUGAGGAGUGCAAUAGUUCAGAUGAUUUUAUGAAGAGGAUUGCUUCCCAAAUGUUUGUGAAGUUUAACAAAUAUUGGUCUGAGUUCAAUCUCUUGUUGGCAAUUGCUGUGGUAUUUGAUCCCCGGUAUAAAUUUCAGUUUAUUGAAUUUAGUUAUAAUAAGCUAUAUGGUCCGGGGUCUAAUAAAUUAGUCAAGGUUAGGAAUGCACUUUUUGAUGUCUAUAAUGAGUAUGUGAAGAUUUCCAACACACCUGGUGCAUCAUCUUCAUGCUCUCGAGGCAGCAAUGAAGUUUAUUCUCCUCAUGGAGCCAAGGAACAAGAAGACAACCAAUCAUUUGAUAUUUUAGAGGAAUUUGAUCAAUUUGACACCUUUGAAUUUGCCUGUGGUGCACAAAAAAGUCAAUUGGAAUUGUAUUUAAAUGAGCCAAGAGCUAAACGAUCCUCACAUAUUAUUGUUCUUGAUUAUUGGAAAGCACAACAAUUUCGAUUUCCAGAUUUGAGUAAAUUGGCAAGGGACAUUCUAUGUGUUCCAGUAUCAACCGUUGCUUCUGAAUCUGCAUUUAGUCUUGGUGGUAGAAUUUUGGAUCAAUUUCGUAGUUCACUUUCACCCCAAAUUGUUGAGGCUUUAGUUUGCACUAAGGACUGGUUAUUUGGAGAUAAAAGUGAAGUUGCUAUGAAUGUGCUUGCCGUGAUCAAAGCAGUCCGGCUGCAGUUGGAGGUUGCUUGGAGGAUGCACAAGUUUGGCAUCAUUAUGAAUGCUGCUGUUGUUAAUGAUGAGGGCCGAAGCAUUGGUUGA